UCCCGCCACUCCUCUUACACUGUACCCCAGUCGCUCCUCCGAUUCCUCCUCCUCCUCCUCCGGCUCCCGGCGACGAGGCUGUGGGUCGACAAGUACCGGCCGAGAGCUUUAGACAAGAUCAUCGCCCACGAGGAAAUCGCCCAGAACCUGAAGAAAUUGGUGUCGGAGCAUGACUGCCCCCAUCUCCUCGUCUAUGGGCCGACUGGUUCCGGCAAGAAAACCCUAGUCAUGGCCCUUCUUAAGCAAAUGUUUGGCCCUGGGGCUGAAAAGGUGAAAUUGGAGAACAAGAUGUGGAAGAUCGAUGCUGGUACACGAAUGAUAGAGCUGGUGUUGACGAUGUUAUCGAGCACACAUCAUGUUGAGAUGAAUCCCAGCGAUGCAGGUUUCCAGGAUAGGUAUAUUGUUCAGGAGAUUAUCAAGGAAAUGGCAAGAAACAGACCUGUGGAUACUAAAGGCAAAAAAGGGUUCAAAGUAUUGGUGCUGAAUGAAGUUGACAAGCUGUCAAGAGAAGGUCAACAUUCUCUCCGUAGAACAAUGGAAAAGUAUAGUGCAUCAUGCAGGCUAAUCUUGUGCUGCAACAGCUCAUCAAAAGUAACGGAGGCUGUCAGGUCUCGCUGUCUGAACAUUCGAGUGAAUGCACCUACUGAAGAGCAGAUUAUCAAAGUAUUGGAGUUCAUUGGCAAGAAGGAAAACCUGCAACUUCCACCUGGAUUCACAGCACGUAUAGCAGCUCAAUCAAACCGUAAUUUAAGAAGAGCAAUAUUGUCUUUUGAGACCUGUCGAGUGCAGCAGUAUCCAUUCACCAUAAACCAGGCAUUGCCACCCUUGGAUUGGGAACAAUAUGUUUCUGAAAUAGCAUCUGAUAUAAUGAAGGAACAGAGUCCUAAAAGGGAUCAAGGAUCACGGUCAGCAUCCAACCUCAUUUUGCCAGACUCAAGCUUUGGCUGUGGGAAUAUUGCCUCACCAAGAAAAGAGAGCAUCAGGUGGCAAAGCAGUUAUCGCAAUUGGUGUAGCGGUAGGGAUUGUUGGAAGCAUUUCGAUAGUUGGUUUUGCGGUUUUCUUUGCUAUUAGAAGAGGAAUUAUCAAGAGGCUAAUGAAGCAACCUCCAAGAAGAAUAGUAGAGCAUGCUUCAAGUGGCUACCCUUUCAAGUUGCUGGCUGACGCAAGGUACAUAUCUCAAACAAUGAAGUUGGGAGCACUUGGCAUUCCAUCUUAUAGAUCAUUUUCAGUGGAGGAGCUGGAAGCUGCUACAAAUAACUUCGAACCGUCAAGGUUCAUGGGAGAAGGCUCUCAUGGUCAG